AAAAGGGAGCUCAGGUAAUUGCAGAAUUUACCUUAAAGUGUCAGGAGAUUAAUAUUGCCUUUAUGAGGAAUAUGAGUCAAGCCGUUUGUCAGCUUUGUCAUUUAGGACACAAUCCCAAAUUCACCUUCUGGGGGCCUGUUUGCCACAGGCCUAGCUUACUUUUGCUCCUUUUGGCCACAGCUUGAUCUCCCAGCUGGGGAACUCCUGCCGGAUGCUCCGCAAGGAAUGAGGCACUUCCCUUAGCCGCUUACUGGCCGAGCUGGGGUUGGGAAGGGGCCUUGGGCUUCUGCUGCAGUGUGCUUGCCUCACUGUCCUGCUCUGGAGAAAACAGUGUUUUAAAUAAAUCUUGCUCCAAACAGAUAUGAGGAAGUUGAAUUUGAGAUCUGCUCCAAAGAGAAAGUUUUGUUUUGUUUUGGGUAACUUGAAGAAGAGUUUUUCUUCCGCUGUGGAAACUUGACCAGCCCUAUGAAGAAACUCAUUUCUUAAUGAGCCCUCAGCAAGAGAAGUUCUAUCAUCCCCUAUAAUUGGCUAAUUCUAUACUACUUAAAGUUUCUUUUAAAUGUUUUUAUUCCAAAAUAAUGUUUAAGGCACAGUUAUCCAGAUAAAAUAGUUCCAAAAUCAUACUCUUUAAAAAGUUGGCUUACCUGUGGGCUUAUGUUACUAAUAAAAUUUCUGUUGCAUCAUAAUAUCAAGUCUAAGGAUCCUAAACCUAAAGCAAGAAUUCUUAAGUUUCUCAGCAGUGAAAUAAAGGACUAGGACCAGGGAAAAGCAAAGAAACAGUUCAGCUCUGAAAUUCUUUGGAUUCUCUGUCCAGCAUGGUGCUAAACGCUUUGCUUGUAUUAUUACAUAAAAUCUCUUCACAUAACGUUAAAUGGGCAGUUCAUCCGCCUCGCUGCCGACGGUGAACUGGAACGGGGUCAUACAGUCUCAGAGGUCAGAUCCCACACACUUUGCACCUGCAUCGCUGCCUCACUCCAGAAUUUUUACCCAUAGAACCUGAAUGUAUAUCCACUGGUCAUGUAUCUAUCAUAACGUGGUUAAUUGUUGUUUUCUAAGAGUGUUUAGAAGGCAACCUACCGUUUUCUGGAAGUUACAAUAAAAUUGUUAAAAGGCUUAAACCAAACAAACAAACAAAAAGGAUGUAAAAAGCUGCUAAGUCUGAUAUAAAUCAAGAAGGGAAAGUUCCGCCUUCACCAACAGAGAACGUGCUUAUUGGUUAGGACUGAACGGGCUGACUCACUCCUUUUUUGCCUCGGUAGAGGGCCACACCCUGCAUUCCAAAAACCCUCUGCUGUCCGGCCACACCCGCUGGCCUCGCUGCUGGAGCUCAGCGGCGUAGCGCCAGGCAGUGCUCCCCGGGGAGAGGCUCCGCGCGUCCGCCCGCCGCCCCGCCGUCCCGCCCCGAGCGCCGGCGAGCGCGCCGCGGGGGGACCGCGCCGGCCGGGCAGACUCGGGGAGAAGGUCUGCGCCUCUGCUGCUCACGUUUCGCCUUACGGUCUGCGCCGAGGCAGGCAGCGCGCGCAACUUCAAGUCGCAAGGAACUUUCCAGGAGAGGCUGCCUCUGGAGAGAAGAGACCAAGGAAGACUCGUGUUGAAAAAUGAGGUGAAUUAGUGCUCGGGAUCUCAGGAACCCUGGACAGCUACAUGAGGUGUUUAAUACCUGCCCUGACCAUCUUGCCAAACAAGUCUCCGCUCAUGGGAGCUGACAGCAUGAAUGAGCCAAGGAGGGACAGUGUCCUGCCCUGUAGGAACAGUGACUGCUGACCUGCCGAGAGCGAGCUGGAGGCUGCAUGUCGUCUGCCAGUACAAUGAAGGAAGUGGUUUAUUGGUCACCCCAGAAGGUGGCAGACUGGCUGCUGGAGCAUGCCAUGCCAGAAUACUGUGAGCCUCUGGGACAUUUUACAGGCCGGGAUUUGAUCAACCUAACCCAGGAGGAUUUCAGAAAACCCCCCUUGUGCCGGGUCUCCUCCGACAACGGGCAGCGGCUCCUGGACAUGAUAGAGACCCUGAAAAUGGAGCACCACAUGGAAGCACACAAGAACGGCCAUGCCAACGGGCACCUCAACAUUGGUGUAGCCCUCCCCGCCCCUGACGGCAGCUUCAGCAUCAAGAUUAAACCCAAUGGGAUGCCAAAUGGGUAUAGGAAAGAGAUGAUAAAGAUCCCCAUGCCAGAACCAGAGCGCUCCCAGUACCCCAUGGAGUGGGGCAAGACUUUUCUGGCCUUUCUUUAUGCACUUUCCUGUUUUAUUCUCACCACAGUGAUGAUCUCGGUCGUCCAUGAACGAGUACCUCCUAAGGAGGUGCAGCCUCCACUACCGGACACAUUUUUUGACCAUUUUAACCGGGUGCAGUGGGCCUUUUCUAUUUGUGAAAUUAACGGCAUGAUCCUUGUAGGACUCUGGUUAAUUCAGUGGCUGCUCUUAAAAUACAAGUCUAUUAUUAGCAGAAGAUUUUUCUGCAUAGUUGGCACGCUGUACCUGUAUCGGUGUAUUACAAUGUAUGUAACCACACUCCCAGUACCCGGUAUGCAUUUCAACUGUUCUCCGAAGCUUUUUGGAGACUGGGAAGCCCAACUGCGGAGAAUAAUGAAGCUCAUUGCUGGAGGUGGCCUGUCCAUUACCGGCUCUCACAACAUGUGCGGGGACUACCUAUACAGCGGCCACACGGUCAUGCUCACACUCACCUACUUAUUUAUCAAAGAGUAUUCCCCCCGACGACUCUGGUGGUACCACUGGAUUUGCUGGCUUCUCAGCGUAGUUGGAAUCUUCUGUAUUCUCUUAGCGCAUGACCACUACACUGUGGACGUGGUGGUGGCGUACUAUAUCACCACGAGACUCUUCUGGUGGUAUCACACUAUGGCCAAUCAGCAAGUGCUAAAGGAAGCUUCCCAGAUGAACCUCCUGGCCAGGGUGUGGUGGUACAGGCCAUUUCAGUACUUUGAAAAGAAUGUCCAAGGAAUUGUACCUCGAUCUUACCAUUGGCCCUUUCCCUGGCCUGUGGUGCACCUCAGUAGGCAAGUGAAAUACAGCCGACUGGUGAACGACACGUAACAGCUGUACACAUCGGGGAAGAACUGUCCGAAGUGCUAAGAACUCCAUGAGAGAAGAUGCCAUAAACAAACACCUCCCUUAUCCUGUUACCUUUCAACAGUUACCUUGACUUAACCUAUCGAGUUACCUGGUCAGCACUGUGAUCUUUUUUUCUCUCCAAAGGACCUGCGUUGGACAACAAUAAAGAAAAUUUAACCUAUCAUGCACUGUACACAUUUCCUGUUCAUAGUCUGGGAUUUGCAUAAUAACCCACAACCACCACGUUCCUUUGUAUAUGAUGCAGCAGCAUAAAUGUAAGCUUUUAUAUCAUAAGUUCUGGUCUUUCCAGUCACAUCUGGAAAUAAAGCGUAUUAUUUUCUUGGGAAAACAUACUUUUCAUAUCUCUUGCCCCAAAGAUUGGGCUGUAAGCCAUUUUCUAGCAAAUGUCUCUAUGAAGGUUUCUAAGUACCUGAAUGGGGUUCGCUUCUGAAAUCUUUCUACCUGUUGCACCGAUAUUCAAAUAAAAAUGACAGACACAGAAAGGUAUGGUAACUUUGGGUUUUGUAAAAUCAAUACAGAUAGUGUGUCAAAAAAGUGCAAAAAAAAAAGAUUCUGUUAUAAAGUGAUUUUCUAAGUAUUUCCUAACUUUAUUUUUCAAAAUGAUGUUAUGAAAACCAAAUUUAAAGAUUUUUACUUGUCAGAGAGAAGAGAGUUAAAAUAUAAAAAUGCUUCUUGGGAGAGAAAUUUGUCUAUGUUUCUAGUGCCUUUUCUUGUCUUGAUUGUAUGGUCAGUAGGCAAUCUUAAAUGUUUUUAUUUAAAAUAAAGUAUUCCAUGAAAACAUAAAUGUAUGUAUACACUACUAAAUUUUGCAUUUAUAGCUAAAUUAAUCAAAUACUGCUUAUGGUUUUAAAAUUGCUCUGAAUUAAAGAAUGGGGAUAUUAAUUAAAGAAUCAGAGCCUGUUCACAUAUUGUGAGCAGGUGGCAAUGACAUUGUACCACUUAAAUUAUUUUGUCAUCUGUUUGGUAGUUAGUUUGAUUUUAACUACACAAUGAAAACAGCCAUGAAUAUCUUUUUUUUUUUUUUAAAGAGAGUUUUGAAAAUGAUCACUUACCUAAAACUUGACAGCUACGAAUUAGUUAUCCAUACACUCAUGGCAAUUUUGUUGGUGAACAACAAAACAGAGAUCUAUUUCUUUAAAAUAUAUUUGUGCAGAAACUGCAUGUAAUUCUAAGUUUCACUCCUAACAUGCGUAUGUUUGGGGAAGUAUUCUAUUCUAUACUUGCCAAUGUGGAGAACACAAUAGUUUUUUAAGAAUGAAGAAGUAUAUAUAUCCAUUCUGUAUUUUAUGUGCAACAGAAUUAUCUUCUGUAGGGGUUUUUUUUUGUGUAUUCACAAGGUGAUAUUUGUAUUGUAAAACAAUAAUGGUGAAGGAAAUAAAAAGGCUUUUAAAAUUUUGUUUGUUUAAAAUCUUUGUAAAGUUAUUAUUCCAGAGAGUAUACUGAUAUCUUACAGCUUAUCUAGACCAUAAAUUAAUCAAAAUGCACUUUUUAAUAAAAACUGAUACUUAAAAUAAA